AUGGGUCCAACCAAUGUUCAAACCAUUAAAGCAUUAAGUGAGCCAGCGGCUAUAUCCUCAGUUCCCUCCGAAUACGCCUUCGUUACAAAACCUAAUGAUCUAGCCAAUCCGAAUGACCCCGAUCAUUCAAUCCCCAUCAUUGAUUUGUCUCUCCUCACUUGUGGUUCUCCUCAACAACGCUCCACCAUUCUCUAUGAUCUUAAAAGGGCCUUCGAAGACUGGGGAUUCUUCAUGGUGAUCAACCAUGGUGUUGAGGAGAGAGUGAUGAAAGGGAUGCUCCACAUGCGUGAAGCCUUCUUCGAUUUGAGGGAUGACGACGAAAAAGAGUUUCAAGGGACCGCUGAUAACGUUUUGGACCCUAUCAAGUGCGGCACCAGUUCUAAUGUUGCCAUUGAUAAUGUUCUUCUUUGGAGGGACUUUAUCAAGGUCAUAUCUCACCCUCACUUUAAUUCACCCCACAAGCCCCUUGGUUUCAGUGAGGCAGCGGCCAUAUCGGACACCUUGGGACUAGAAGCUGAUUACAUAGCGAAAGCAACCAAUUGGGAUGAAGGGUUACAACUCUUGGCUGCCAACUACUAUCCAGCUUGCCCGGAGCCAGAGCGAGCCAUUGGAAUCCCACCUCACACGGACCAUGGGCUUGUGAGCCUUCUCAUCCAGAACCAGAGGGGUGGUCUUCAAGUCCUACACAAAGGAAAAUGGGUCAACUGGGAUGCUGUGCCUAAUUCCUAUGUUGUUAUCCUUGGUGACCAAAUGCAGGUGUUGACUAACGAUACGCACAAGAGCGUAUGA